GACUUAUACUUCCCGCGUUUCUUUGGUUUCUUUGUUUCGUUGUUAUUCCAAGAAUUCCAUAACUAAAAACAAAGUCUCAAAUAACGACGGCCGUUGCGUCGUCAUUUUAAUUUCAACGGUGUUAGCGUCGGCAUUGAAGUUGAUGAAAAAUUAAUUAAUUUAAAACUAAUUUAACAAAAUGUCAUCACGCAAACGUGUUUAUGAACAUUCUGGUUGGAUCAGUGAUAUAUUGUCAUCAGAUACAGCAGUGAUAAGUUUUGAUAAUAAAGACAUAACUGAUAAUGUAUUAUUAAAGAAAAGUAAUUUUUAUUACAAAGGAAAAGUAAUCGAUUCCAAUGAAUGCUUUGAUAAUUAUCUUUCCAUCGGUGUUACGGUGAAAUUUUCUGGUUACACCUGGUGUUCAGAAGAGUACUCAGACUGUACUUGGUACGCGACCAUUUGUUGGACGCUUGAUUCCAGCCCAUGGUCUAGUGUAGCAAUAAAAAGUGGUCUAAUGUUUGUAUCAGGACGAAUUGCCAGUCUCAAUAAUCUCCGUGGUGUUAUUGAGUUGACUGAUAACUCUGGAAAAUCUCAUAGAAUUUUAUUUGUUGCUAAUAAAUUAUAUUGUAAGGGUGAAAAAUUUUCCGGUAAAACACUGACGGAAGAAGUUAAAAUUGGCGAUUGUAUUUCAUUCGAUGCAAUUCCGUGUAUUGCUGAAGAAAAUGAUGAACAAUGUCAAUGGUUUGCAACAUGUGCGUACAUUGGCAUCAGACCUAAAUUAAUUAACAGUUCAUUUGAUAAUAUUAAUGGCGAAUGUGAUUUUUCGACGCCAGUUUGGAAUGAUAAUAUCGAAGUUGAUUCUCAAAAUGAUUUCAAUAUUAGUUGUUUAAAACUUAUUAAAGAGAACAUAAAUAAUCCCAAUACACUGUUUGUAUGCGGUCGAGGCAUUGUAGUCGAUAUUAUAAAUGAUGAAUUUGGUGUUAUGUUGGGUGAAUUUAGUAUUAAUUGUUUCCAAACAAUAAUAUUUCAUCGGCGGAGUACGUUUAUUGAUAAAUUGUGUUUGAACAUGGUUGAUCUCGCUGAAAUAUUUACUAACGGCGAUCGAUUGAACUUCGUUGCGGUUGGAGCACCGUCAGGUUUCUUAACUGAUUGGAUUGCUGUCCAAGUUUCUGCGGUUCUGACAGAUUUAAAAAAAGAUGCCGGCGUCAACAAUUCUGAAUCAGAAUUGAGUGAAUCUUAGUAAGCUGUCAACUUACAUUCGUAUUAUUAUGUUUACGUUUGUUGUGUUCCACGAAUAGAAGUGAUGGCAAACAAUGUGCGGAAAAUUAGUAAUCAAGGCUGUCAUGAGAAAUCAGGUCUCGAGGCGAGUGUCAUGCAGCAAUUUACGACAACUUGUAAUCUCACAUCAGUGUGACAUUUUGUUACAUACUCUAUAUCAUUAUCUCCAGUUAUUUUCCAUUAAUUUAAUCGUUAAUAUUUUAUGAAAAUACACCGUUAAAUGUGAUACAAUUUAUCCAUAUCACAUUAAGUCACGAAUAAGUAAUUUUUCAUGGUUAAAAUAAGUUAAUUUAAAAAUGUUUUAAAAAUGGUAAUUUGGUCAGGUUAUAAAGCAUAAGCUAUUUUAAAUUUCUAAGCCUCAUACAUUUUAAAUUAAAUACAUCUUAUAUUUAACGUCAACUCAAUUCUACGCAUGACAAUGAUCGUUUUAUUCAAUUUCAUUUAUAAAUAUAUGUAUAUAUAUAAGUAUAUGUGACAAGUUUAGUUGAUGCUUCUCGUGGGACAAAAUAAACGAAUGCAUUUCCUCUUUCAUAAUAAUAACUUUCCAAAUAAGAUGGAACAACUUUU